GUCUUUGGUUUGUUGAGUUUCUGUUACCAACCUCAACACUGAUCGGUUCACUUCCUGUCACACACACACACACACACACACACAUUUACAUGCACACACACACAAGCAGGAACAUGGUGGUUUAGACCACAAAUACAAACGCUCAGAGUUGGCUGGACAGACAAACAGACAGGAGUACCGGUUUCUUUCUCUCAAGUUAACCCUUCUACAACUCAGAUGGAGUUUGCCUGCAGUCACGUAGUGUGUAACUGGAGCCCAGAAGGGAGUUUAAUGGGGGGGUCAGAUGAGGGGGGUUCAGGUUUGAGUGUGUGCCCCUGUAGUCCUCCAGGUGAGGAGGGGACCACAGAGCCAGGUGUAGCCCUCAGACUGUCUGUCACAGAGCACAUGUACGACAACCGCAUCUCAGUCAUCCCUCAGCAAGAGCCAGGACUAGUGCCUCCACCUUUGCCCCCUCGACGGUUUGAGUCUCAGAAGUACCCCCAAUGCACCUCUCUGCCUCCCCCACCUCCCCCUCUUUCCUCUCUGCCUCCCCCCCUACCAGCCCGAGGUGCGGAAGGCCGAGGAGAGCAGAGCAUCAGAUUGAAGGCUAAUGUUAAUGUUCUCUCUCUCAGUGUUGGACGACUCGUAGAUAUCAGUAGAGCAUCUGGCAUCCAGACCACUCAGUGUCCCGUGAUGCACUGUGGGAGAUGUAGUGCUGCCCUGUCCUCCCUGAGUUCUGUACAGAACACACAGGAAACUGCCGUGUGGCUGUGUGAGUUCUGUGGUCUCCAGAACACCCUGUCUACUUCAGGUCCUGGUUCCAAGGUGGGCCUCAGGGUUAGAGGGGCUCCUAGAGGGAGAGAUGUGAUCUACCUCCUCCGUCAGACAGACCAGGACUACGAGAACCUGGAGGAUGUCAUGGUGGUCUUCUGUGUUGAUAUAUCUGGGAGCAUGAGUGUCACCUCUGAGGUCACCCCAGGGAAUCCUAUGAGGUCAGCAACCUAUGUCUCCCGACUACAGAGUAUUCAGGAUGCCCUCCAGAGGGCACUGUCCUCUCUACUUAAGACUUCACCUCUCCGAUAGUCGCCAUUGUUACCUUCAAUGACGAGGUAGUAGUGUAUGGUGAUGGUUCAGGUGUACCAGCCUCUCUGAGGGACUGGGCUCUAGUUGAUUAUGACUAUCUGAGACAACAGGGUCAACAGUACAACACUCCACACUGUAUAGCUGAGAGUUACCAACACCUCUCACUGAGAGUCAAAGAGUGAGUGUCUGUCUGGCUGGUUCUCUGUCCGU